CCCCGCCCCGGCGCGAGGCCGGACGGGAAAGUCAAGAUGGACGCGUGCAUUUGAACGUCUCGCACGCCUGCCUGCCAUUAGAACUCGUACCUGCUGCUGUUGCCCAUUCCUCCUCCAGAAAAGGGGAGGGAGAGGGGAUGAGAAGCUGCCACGGUCGAGGAGUCACCGUGACGGACCCCGCCGCUGCCCUCGGGCCUCCUCGGCCCCUGCACCACCGGGGAGCAGCCGGGUCUCGCUGCGCCUGACGCGUCCCGAGUUACACAGAAAUAAUGUUGAUAUUUGGAACCCAUGUCGAACUUCUAUGAAGAAAGGGCAACGAUGAUUGCAGCCAGGGAUUUGCAGGAAUUUGUUCCUUUUGGUCGAGACCACUGCAAGCACCACCCUAAUGCUUUGAACCUUCAACUUCGCCAGCUGCAGCCAGCCUCUGAAUUAUGGUCUUCUGAUGGUGCUGCUGGCUUGGUGGGAUCCCUUCAGGAGGUUACAAUCCAUGAAAAACAGAAGGAAAGCUGGCAGUUAAGGAAAGGAGUAAGUGAAAUUGGAGAAGAUGUGGACUAUGAUGAGGAACUCUAUGUUGCUGGAAAUAUGGUGAUAUGGAGCAAAGGAAGUAAAAGCCAGGCAUUGGCAGUUUAUAAAGCGUUUACAGUUGACAGUCCUGUUCAGCAGGCAUUGUGGUGUGACUUCAUUAUAUCACAGGAUAAGUCUGAAAAGGCCUACAGUAGCCAUGAAAUAGAAAAAUGCAUAUGUAUAUUGCAAAGCUCAUGUAUUAAUAUGCAUAGCAUAGAAGGAAAGGAUUACAUAGCUUCCUUACCAUUUCAGGUUGCAAACGUUUGGCCCACUAAAUAUGGAUUGUUGUUUGAACGAAGCACUUCUUCACAUGAGGUACCUCCAGGUUCACCGAGAGAACCUUUACCCACUAUGUUCAGCAUGCUGCACCCACUAGAUGAAAUAACUCCACUUGUUUGUAAAUCUGGAAGUCUUUUUGGUUCACCACGGGUGCAAUAUGUUGUAGAUCAUGCAAUGAAAAUUGUUUUCCUCAAUACUGACCCCUCUAUUGUAAUGACUUAUGAUGCUGUUCAAAAUGUGCAUUCUGUGUGGACUCUUCGGAGAGUCAGAUCAGAGGAAGAGAAUGUUGUUUUAAAGUUCUCUGAGCAGGGGGGAACCCCACAGAAUAUGGCCACUAGCAGCUCCCUCACAGCACAUCUCAGAAGCCUCUCCAAAGGAGAUUCCCCUGUGACUUCACCUUUCCAGAAUUACUCCUCCAUUCACAGCCAAAGUCGCUCAACCUCAUCACCUAGUCUACAUUCUCGCUCACCUUCUAUUUCCAACAUGGCAGCUCUAAGUCGUGCUCAUUCUCCUGCCUUAGGAGUGCACUCUUUCUCAGGGGUGCAAAGGUUCAACAUUUCGAGCCAUAAUCAAUCUCCAAAGAGACACAGUAUUUCUCAUUCUCCAAAUAGUAAUUCUAAUGGCUCCUUUCUUGCACCAGAAACGGAGCCAAUUGUUCCUGAACUGUGUAUUGACCAUUUGUGGACAGAAACAAUGACUAAUAUAAGAGAGAAAAAUUCACAAGCCUCAAAAGUGUUUAUUACAUCUGACCUAUGUGGGCAAAAGUUCUUGUGCUUUUUAGUUGAGUCCCAGCUCCAGUUACGCUGUGUAAAGUUUCAAGAGAGCAAUGAUAAAACCCAGCUCAUCUUUGGUUCUGUGACCAACAUACCGGCAAAGGAUGCAGCACCAGUGGAGAAAAUAGACACCAUGCUAGUUUUGGAAGGCAGUGGAAACCUGGUGCUGUACACAGGAGUGGUUCGGGUGGGAAAGGUUUUUAUUCCUGGACUGCCAGCUCCUUCUCUGACGAUGUCCAAUACAAUGCCUCGGCCCAGUACUCCACUUGAUGGCGUCAGUACUCCAAAGCCUCUUAGUAAACUCCUUGGAUCAUUGGAUGAGGUGGUUCUGUUGUCCCCAGUUCCAGAACUGAGGGAUUCUUCAAAACUUCAUGAUUCUCUCUAUAAUGAGGAUUGUACUUUCCAACAGCUUGGCACUUACGUUCAUUCUGUCAGAGAUCCUGUUCAUAACAGGGUCACCCUAGAACUGAGUAAUGGCUCCAUGGUUAGGAUCACUAUUCCUGAAAUUGCCACCUCUGAGUUAGUACAAACGUGUUUGCAAGCAGUUAAGUUUAUCCUCCCAAAAGAAAUAGCAGUUCAGAUGCUUGUCAAGUGGUACAAUGUCCACAGUGCUCCAGGAGGACCCAGUUAUCACUCAGAGUGGAAUUUAUUUGUGACUUGUCUCAUGAAUCUGAUGGGUUAUAACACAGAUCGCUUAGCAUGGACUAGAAAUUUUGACUUUGAAGGAUCACUUUCCCCUGUCAUUGCGCCCAAAAAAGCAAGGCCUUCUGAGACGGGAUCUGACGAUGACUGGGAAUAUUUACUAAAUUCAGACUACCACCAGAAUGUUGAGUCUCAUCUUUUGAACAGAGCCUUGUGUUUGAGUUCUUCAGAAGGUUCACGCAUGAAGGAUGAGGAUUUUUCACAGAAUCUCAGUCUGGAUUCUUCUACACUUCUCUUUACUCACAUACCUGCAAUUUUUUUCGUUCUUCACCUGGUGUAUGAGGAGCUUAAGUUGAAUACUCUAAUGGGAGAAGGAAUUUGUUCACUUGUUGAGCUUCUUGUUCAGUUGGCAAGGGACUUAAAAUUGGGACCUUAUGUAGAUCAUUACUACAGAGACUACCCAACGCUUGUCAGAACUACUGGACAAGUGUGCACAAUUGAUCCAGGUCAAAUGGGAUUUAUGCAUCAUCCAUCAUUUUUUACUUCUGAGCCACCAAGUAUUUAUCAGUGGGUGAGCUCUUGUCUGAAGGGUGAAGGAAUGCCACCUUAUCCUUACCUCCCUGGAAUCUGUGAAAGAAGCAGACUAGUAGUCUUGAGUAUUGCACUGUAUAUACUUGGUGAUGAGAGCUCUGUUUCUGAUGAAUCCUCACAAUAUUUAACCAGAAUAACUAUAGCACCCCAGAAGUUGCAAGUAGAACAAGAGGAAAACAGGUUCAGUUUCAGGCAUUCUUCUUCGGUUUGUAGCCUAGCUGAAAAAUUGGUUGUCUGGAUGACUAAUGUAGGAUUCACUUUAAGAGAUUUGGAAACUCUUCCUUUUGGAGUUGCUCUUCCCAUCAGAGAUGCAAUUUAUCACUGUCGUGAGCAGCCUGCCUCAGACUGGCCAGAAGCUGUCUGUCUCUUGAUUGGACGUCAGGAUCUUUCCAAGCAGGCGUGUGAAGGAAACUUACCCAGAGGGAAGUCUGUGCUCUCAUCAGAUGUUCCUUCAGGAACAGAAACUGAGGAGGAAGAUGAUGGCAUGAAUGACAUGAAUCAUGAGGUCAUGUCAUUAAUAUGGAGUGAAGAUUUAAGGGUACAGGAUGUGCGAAGACUUCUUCAGAGUGCCCAUCCUGUCCGCGUCAAUGUAGUGCAGUACCCAGAGCUCAGCGACCACGAGUUCAUUGAGGAAAAGGAAAACAGAUUGCUCCAGUUGUGUCAGCGAACUAUGGCUCUUCCUGUAGGACGAGGAAUGUUUACUUUGUUUUCAUACCAUCCUGUUCCAACAGAGCCGUUGCCUAUUCCUAAAUUGAAUCUGACUGGGCGUGCCCCUCCUCGGAACACAACAGUAGACCUUAAUAGUGGAAACAUCGACGUGCCUCCCAACAUGACAAGCUGGGCCAGUUUCCAUAAUGGCGUGGCUGCUGGCCUGAAGAUAGCUCCUGCCUCCCAGAUCGACUCAGCUUGGAUUGUUUACAAUAAGCCCAAGCAUGCUGAGCUGGCCAAUGAGUAUGCUGGCUUUCUCAUGGCUCUGGGUCUGAAUGGGCACCUUACCAAGCUGGCGACUCUCAAUAUCCAUGACUACUUGACCAAGGGCCAUGAAAUGACAAGCAUUGGACUGCUGCUUGGUGUUUCUGCUGCAAAACUAGGCACUAUGGAUAUGUCUAUUACUCGACUUCUUAGCAUUCACAUUCCUGCUCUCUUACCCCCAACAUCCACAGAGCUGGAUGUUCCUCACAAUGUUCAAGUGGCUGCAGUGGUUGGCAUUGGCCUGGUAUAUCAAGGGACAGCUCACAGACAUACUGCUGAAGUCCUGUUGGCUGAGAUAGGACGGCCUCCUGGUCCUGAAAUGGAAUACUGCACUGACAGAGAGUCAUACUCCUUAGCGGCUGGCUUGGCCCUGGGCAUGGUCUGCUUGGGGCAUGGCAGCAAUUUGAUAGGUAUGUCUGAUCUCAAUGUGCCUGAGCAGCUCUAUCAGUACAUGGUUGGAGGACAUAGGCGCUUUCAAACAGGAAUGCAUAGGGAGAAACAUAAAUCUCCAAGUUAUCAAAUCAAAGUAAGUACACAUCAGAGUAACAGAUCAAAAUCCUGGAAGCUAGGAAGUAAAUUGCAAAAUACUAGUGUUCAUGCUAACAUUGGUAAAUAUGUUAAUUGUAAGCAUAGUUAUUAUUCAGAGGAAUUUUUUUUUUGUUGCAUUUUUAAGACACUUGCUCGAUGCCUGAUUUUGUGGGACGAUAUUUUACCAAAUUCCAAGUGGGUUGACAGCAAUGUUCCUCAAAUUAUAAGAGAAAAUAGCAUCUCUCUCAGUGAAAUCGAAUUGCCUUGCUCAGAGGAUUUGAAUUUGGAAACCUUGUCGCAAGCACAUGUCUACAUAAUUGCAGGAGCCUGUUUGUCUCUGGGUUUUCGAUUUGCUGGCUCAGAAAACUUGUCAGCAUUUAACUGUUUGCAUAAAUUUGCAAAAGAUUUUAUGACUUAUUUGUCUGCACCUAAUGCUUCUGUUACAGGUCCUUACAACCUAGAAACUUGUCUGAGUGUGGUGCUGCUGUCUCUCGCCAUGGUCAUGGCUGGCUCCGGAAACCUAAAGGUUUUGCAGCUUUGUCGCUUCUUACACAUGAAAACGGGUGGUGAAAUGAACUAUGGCUUUCACUUAGCCCACCACAUGGCUCUUGGACUUCUAUUUUUGGGAGGAGGAAGGUACUCUUUGAGCACAUCAAAUUCUUCCAUUGCCGCUCUUCUCUGUGCCCUUUACCCACACUUCCCAGCUCACAGCACUGACAACCGGUAUCAUCUCCAGGCUCUCCGGCACCUCUAUGUGUUGGCCGCAGAGCCUAGGCUUCUAGUGCCCGUCGAUGUGGACACAAACACGCCCUGCUAUGCCCUCUUAGAAGUUACCUACAAGGGCACUCAGUGGUACGAACAAACCAAAGAAGAAUUGAUGGCUCCUACCCUUCUUCCAGAACUCCAUCUUUUGAAGCAGAUUAAAGUUAAAGGCCCAAGAUACUGGGAACUGCUCAUAGAUUUAAGCAAAGGAACACAACACUUGAAGUCCAUUCUUUCCAAGGAUGGGGUUUUAUAUGUUAAACUCAGGGCAGGUCAGCUCUCCUACAAAGAAGAUCCAAUGGGGUGGCAAAGUUUGUUGGCGCAGACUGUUGCUAACAGAAACUCUGAAGCCCGGGCUUUCAAGCCAGAAACAAUCUCAGCAUUCACUUCCGAUCCAGCACUUCUGUCAUUUGCUGAAUAUUUCUGCAAGCCAACUGUGAACAUGGGUCAGAAACAGGAAAUUCUGGAUCUCUUUUCUUCAGUACUCUAUGAAUGUGUUACCCAGGAGACCCCAGAGAUGUUGCCUGCAUACAUAGCAAUGGAUCAGGCUAUAAGAAGGCUUGGGAGAAGAGAAAUGUCUGAGACUUCUGAACUUUGGCAGAUAAAGUUGGUGUUAGAAUUUUUCAGCUCCCGAAGUCAUCAGGAGCGGCUGCAGAACCACCCUAAGCGGGGGCUCUUUAUGAACUCAGAAUUCCUCCCUGUUGUGAAGUGCACCAUCGAUAAUACCCUGGACCAGUGGCUACAAGCUGGGGGUGAUAUGUGUGUGCAUGCCUACCUCAGUGGGCAGCCCUUGGAGGAAUCGCAGCUGAGCAUGCUGGCCUGCUUCCUCGUCUACCACUCCGUGCCAGCUCCACGACACCUGCCACCUUUAGGACUAGAAGGGAGCACAAGCUUUGCUGAACUGCUCUUCAAAUUUAAGCAGCUAAAAAUGCCAGUGCGAGCUUUGCUGAGAUUGGCUCCUUUGCUUCUUGGAAAUCCACAGCCAAUGGUGAUGUGACAGUGUUCUGGCAGUGAACCUACCCUGAAACAUGACUUCUGAACAGAAAAUGUGACCAAACAUCAAAGCUAAAGCAAUGCUUAUAAAGUUUCAUGGUAUAACUAGGGGGAAAUGAACUGCACAAACCUCAAUGUAUUUUAAAUCUGUUCCUGUCAUCAUUAACAUUAUAUGAUAUGUAAAAGCAAGUUAAAAUUUACUUUUGUAAAUAAAGUUUUUGGUUUGUUUUCAAAA